AUGCCUUUCGGACUGAAAAACGCCCCAGCCACCUUUCAACGAUUAAUGGACUUGGUACUAUCAGGAUUACAAGGCAAAGAAUUAUUCGUAUACAUGGAUGAUAUCGUUAUCUACGCCUCAUCACUGGAAGAACACGAAAGAAAAUAUAAUCUUUUGAUAGAUCGGCUACGUGAAGCCAAUUUAAAACUACAACCAGAUAAAUGCGAAUUUCUAAGUACUAAAGUGACUUAUUUGGGACACGUAAUUAGCAAUGAUGGAGUCAAACCUGACCCUAAAAAACUAGAAGCUGUACAACAAUUUCCUAGGCCAAAAACACCCAAAAACAUUAAACAAUUUCUCGGAUUAGCAGGAUACUACCGAAGAUUUAUACCAAACUUCUCAAAAUUAGCUAAACCACUGACUAAUUUGUUAAAAAAUGAUACGCGUUUUGAAUGGACUCAAGAAGAAUCGUUCGACAUAUUGAAACAAAAAUUAUGUGAAGAACCUGUCUUACGAUAUCCUGAUUUUUCAAAAUCAUUUAUUUUAACUACUGAUGCCUCUGGAAUUGCUGUAGGAGGCAUAUUAUCACAAGGAGAAAUAAACAAGGACAAACCAAUAGCAUACGCGUCACGCACUUUGACUGAUAGUGAAUUGAAAUACGAUACUUAUGAGAAAGAAGCUCUAGCAAUAGUAUAUUGCGUGAAGCAUUUCCGACCAUACUUAUACGGACGAAAAUUUACUCUAGUCACAGAUCAUAAACCAUUACUUUGGUUUAAAAACGCGCAAGACGCGAAUAUGAGAAUAUUACGGUGGAGACUCAAAUUAGCUGAAUAUGAAUAUGACGUAGUGUACAAAGCAGGAAUAACUAAUGUAAAUGCCGAUGCAUUAUCGAGAAAUCCAGUAGAUUUCGAAGAAGCAGAUUGCAAUACAAUCCACCAUAAAAACUUGAAUCCAAACGAUCCUAAAGACGCCGAAAAAAUUGCUCAGAUGCUAGAAGAAUCUGAAGAUGACGAGGAAGACGAAGACUUUAAUUUUCACCUUUCAGAUGAUGAUGAAGAAAUAGAAGAUCUACCAUUCGACGAUGAUUCGCAUGAAGACAAUUCAAACUCAAUACCGCUCACACACGAGGAAAUACUCGAACCAGAGACACAUGUUGAGACACUUGUCCAUAACCCUCCUGAAUCCCACGGGAUGGUGACUCGGAGUCAAGUAACAAAAAAUAGAAAUAACCCUCCAAGCGAGUCACUUAAAAACUCUCUAACACAGAAACAUGAAAAUGGAGAAGAUUCUCCCGACAUACUAAAUAAUACGAAAGGAAAUGAAGAGGACAAUGAAAGAGACAGUGAAGAAAUAGAAGUAAAUAUCGAAGACGAUAGCAACCAAAAACCACAAGAGAAACCUACCAUCGUCGAUAUUCAAACAACUAACAGUAAUGUAAUAGAAACUCGUGAUUUACUAUUUCUACGCAAGGAUAACGUUGCAUACUUCGUUGACACGAAUGGAACACCAUUAGACUCAGGAUCGCAAAAGCUGUUUGAAAGGAACGACAUCCCGAGUUUAAAUGCUUUGAUCUUGGGAAAGGCGAAAGCCAUAAAACAUAAAAAGUAUCACCAUAUGGUCUUGCCUGUUAGCGAAGGCUUACGGGAAGGACCAACUAUGACUUUAACUCACGUUGAUACUGUAAUAAGAGACUUACGAAAAACAGCUGACCAACUAAAAUUAGAAACGGUUGGUAUCGCAAAGACGGACUCUAUCAAUAACGUACCUUGGAGCAAUAUCAAACCUCUCCUACGAUUGAAUUUUAUCGAUUCAGAAACUAAAUUAAUUAUAUGUAAUGGACUAAUUAAAUAUCCACCUAAAGACCUCCGGUCUGUUAUAAUCAGUGAAAUGCAUUGUUCACCUGUCGGAGGACAUCGAGGUGUGACGAAAACUUACAACCGGAUAAAACAUAAAUAUUACUGGAAAAACUUAAAAUCAGAUGUUCAAAGAUACAUCCAACAAUGUUUGCAAUGUCUGUUGAAGAAAUUAGUACGAGUAAAAACAAAACAACCGAUGAUAAUCACUGACACGCCAGGAUCAUCGUUCGAUAAAGUAGCCAUGGAUAUC